CCCCACCACCCCAAACCACCCACCCACCCCUUCUCUCCUCUGUAUUUGUUGGGUAAUUUAAUUUAAUUUUUGAAUCCUGUCAGGGUGUCCGUUCCCUCUCUCUCUCUCUCUCUCUCCCUCACACGAUGGCGAGUCCGCCUGAGCCCAGCUCACCGAGCGCCGAGAGCUUCUCGGACGUGAGGAAGGUGGGUUACUUGAGGAAACCCAAGAGCAUGCACAGGCGCUUCUUCGUGCUGCGGGCGCCGAGCGAGCUGGGGCCGGCCCGGCUCGAGUACUACGAGAACGAGAAGAAAUGGAGGCACAAGGCGGGCGCUCCCAAGCGCUCGGUCCACCUGGAGAGCUGCUUCAACAUCAACAAGCGGGCCGACUCCAAGAACAAGUACCUGGUGGCCCUCUACACCCGGGACGAGUACUUCGCCGUGGCCGCCGACUGUGAGAGCGAGCAGGAGAUCUGGUACCAGGCGCUGCUGGAGCUGCACAACCGGGGCAAGGGGGCCGAGGAGCGGGGCGAGCGCGACGGCGGGGCCCCCGCCGCCGCCACCGCCGGCCUGGCGGCGGGGGAGGAGAGCUACGGGGAGGCCAGCCCCGGGCCGGCUUUCAAGGAAGUUUGGCAAGUGGUGCUGAAGCCCAAAGGCUUGGGGCACACCAAGAACCUGGUGGGCAUCUACCGGCUGUGCCUGACCCACAAGACCAUCAGCCUGGUGAAGCUCAACUCGGAGGCGGCGGCCGUGGUCUUGCAGCUGAUGAAUAUCCGGCGCUGCGGCCACUCGGAGAAUUUCUUCUUCAUCGAGGUGGGCCGGUCAGCGGUCACCGGCCCGGGGGAGUUUUGGAUGCAGGUGGACGACUCGGUGGUGGCGCAGAACAUGCACGAGACCAUCCUGGAGGCGAUGAAGGCGAUGAGCGAGGAAUUCCGACCCCGCAGCAAGAGCCAGUCGGCCUCCAGCUCCAACCCCAUCUCGGUGCCCCUCCGAAGGCACCUCAACAACCCGCCGCCCAGCCAGGUCGGGUUGAGCCGCCGGUCGCGGACCGAGAGCAUCACCGCCACCUCGCCGGCUGGCAAGCACAGCUCGUUCCGGGUGCGGGCCUCCAGCGACGGCGAGGGUACCAUGUCCCGACCGGCCUCUGUGGACGGCAGCCCGGUCAGCCCGAGUGCCACCCGGACCCAUUCCCACCGACACCGAGGUGGCUGUAGGCUGCACCCCCCCCUCAAUCACAGCAGGUCUAUCCCCAUGCCAUCCACACACUGUUCCCCGUCAGCUACAAGUCCCGUCAGUUUGUCCUCCAGCAGCACCAGUGGCCACGGAUCCACCUCCGACAGCCUUUUCCCUAGGCGUUCCAGCGCCUCCAUCUCAGGCUCACCUAGCGAUGGGGGGUUCAUUUCUUCAGAUGAGUACGGAUCUAGCCCUUGUGAUUUCAGGAAUUCCUUCAGAAGCGUCACUCCCGAUUCCUUGGGACAUACUCCUCCUGCAAGGGAGGAGCAGGAGUUAAAUAAUUACAUCUAUAUGGGGAAACAUUCUAGCCUGGCUCCAAGUUGUCAGAACAGGGGGAGUCAAAGGUGGACUCCGACCAAAGCUGAAGAUACAGACUCAGAUAAGGGGUUUAGGAAGCGGGCUCAUUCAUCAGGUACUUCACCACCCACAGUGAUGCACCAAAAGACCUCUUCUCAAACUUCCACUGCCUCCUUUGAGGAAUACACAGAGAUGACACCAUCUUACCCUGGCAAUCGUUUAUCAUCCAGUAAAAAUUCUGCUUUUGUACCUACUCACUCAUAUCCUGAGGAGUGUUUAGAUCUUCAGUUGGGAGAAGGUAGGCGUUACAGCCAAAUGGAUGAUGGUUAUAUGCCAAUGUCACCUGGAGUUGCUCCUAUACCCAAUAAAAAUGACUAUAUGCCAAUGAGCCCAAAAAGUGUUUCUGCCCCACAGCAGAUUAUUAACCCACGCCAGCAUUCUCGAAAAGAUGGUUAUAUGAUGAUGUCACCUAGUGGCAGUUGCUCACCAGAAAAUGUGAACUAUGGAAAAAUAUGGACUAACGGAGGGAAUUCUAAGCUGUCUGUUGAGAGUAAUGAUGGGAAAUUGUCAUGUAGUGAUUACAUAAAUAUGUCCCCUGCAAGUUGCUCAACAACAAGCACUCCACCAGACUGCUUCUUCAAUCCAGUUGAAGAACCUCAUAAACCUGUUUGUUCGUACUUCUCUCUGCCUCGCUCCUUUAAACAUGUACAUAGAAAAAAUGAUGAGUCCCCUUUACGAAUUGCUGUAAAUUCAGGCCGCCUGUUGUAUGGUGAAGAUUCUUCUUCUUCUACCAGCAGCGAUAGUUUAGGAGGACAAGAUGGCGGGCAUCAUACAGUUAACCCUGUUAAAAAAGAAUUGUAUGUACCGAUGAAAGGUAAACUUGUACGACCCACUAGGCUGUCACUUGAUAAUACUAAGGCAAGUACACUGCCCAGAACACGAGAGCAUCCCCUUCCUCCAGAGCCAAAAAGCCCAGGCGAGUAUGUAAAUAUUGAAUUCAGUGAUAAAAACUUUUCUUCUAGUUCAUUAUCUCUCAUUGAGCCCUCUUCAGCUGGAGGCAUUCAUCCUGUUCGACAAAGGCCAUCCAUGUCAGAAUACAUGAACAUGAAUUUAAGAAUAGACGCAUCCAAAUUUGGUUAUGUAUCAAAACCCGCAGUGGACGUCACCAGCUCUGUAACUGCCUGCACAUCCAGCACUUGCAGAAAAGAUAGAGGGCAGGCUAGCUGUGAUUAUGUUAGUAUGCAGCUAGUUACCACCUGCCCAGACUUACUGGAAUCAUCAGUGAGUAACUAUACAGAAAUGACAGUUGGUGGAGGUAUAACGUCUUCCAUAUCCGUUCUACCUCGGGCAGAAGAGAGCUCUUUGAACACUGUUUCUGAUGUAGUGGCUGGUCCUAUGAUGGACCAGAUUUCCGGGAGGAGUGCCUUUACUGUGCUUAAUCUUGUCCCCAAUCGGAACCAAGGUGCCAAAGUUAUCCGUGUUGAUCCUCAAGGAAGAAGACGACAUAGUUCGGAGACUUUCACUUCCACAGCCAACGUGACUGGCAUGACCCUAUCUUAUGUUGAUCACAUUAAACGACAUAGUUCAGUGUCCUUUGAAAAUGUGUGGCUUAACAAACCAGGAGAUUCUCUGGCUUCAAGUGCCAAAGACCAGCCAAAUGAUGCCACGGUGCAGAAUGAUUGUGAGAAUGUUAUGAAUUACAUUGAUUUGGACUUGGUAAACGAUUUUAACAACAAAGACUGGACCUCCUCUCAGCAUGUAACCGCUCAUCAACCUCAUGGAAGUACUUCUGGUGGUGAUGAUGAUCUGAAUUCAUAUGCAAGCAUCACCUUUCAGAAGCCAGAUGAAAUCAGUAAGCCUACAGAAAGGGAAGAAUGACAUCUCCUUAACUCUCGGCAAGCUUUGCACGGACUUGAUGAGUACCUAGGCUUUCAAAAAUUUGUACAGUACAACAAGGACCUCAUUCUCUUUCACAUAAAGGAUGGUACGACAGAUCAAAAUCACUCCAGUUUGCUGCAAGAAACCUCAGGACAUAAUUUUCUGACUGGAUUGCAUGUUCGCCAAUGUAUAUGUCUGUGGGUUGCACAGUGUGCGCUGUGACACAUGCACUACAGCGAAUCUGCCUCGUUCCUCAUCACAUUCUACUUCAACAAUCUCCGUAAACAGAAAUGGAUAGACUGCCAGCAAUGCAAUUCAGAUGCCUAACUUGGACUGGAACACACAAGCAUUAACCUUGACUUUCACAUGCUGCUGAAAAAAUUAAGGUUUUCACUGUAAAUUAUUAAGUAUAGAAGUAUUGAUUUUUAAAAAGUUGCUAAUGUUUGGAAAACACAGAAUAAUAUUUAACAUUUUUGCUUCCUUUAUAUUGAUACUUUUUUGAACUGAAAAUGUAAUUUUUUUUCUGAUGCACAUUCAUUAUUGAUGUGUCCGGAGGUAAUUUUUCCAGUUCUGUUAUAAACAGGGAAAUUUUUGUUUAAAACUUGUGAAUAUACGCAGUAAGAAUAGAUUAUGUUUCUAUUCUUGGAUAAAAGCUGUUGUUUAUACAUAGCAUAAUCCCGAAGUGCAGGCUUUGGUGUAUAGUCCUAUUUGCCAAUAUGGCAACAGUACAAGUAAUGCAGCCCUCCUGUCUUGAGUUGAUUUCACAAUCAUUUUAUACUCUUCCAUUUUACGUGAGAUAUAUUGCAGUCAGGGGAUGCUGACAUUACUGUACAUGGUACUUAAUGAAUGUCAAUGGAAUUUGAAACGUAGUCAAAAACAAUCAAAUUUAGUCUUCCUUUUCUUUGUGUAUAUAUAAUGUACCUACCUGGACAAUGUAUACUUACAUAACAUGCCCGGAAUGGACAAUGUUGUGUUUGUAAUUUCUGGAGACUGAACCCCUCAUCCCUGUAAGUAAUAAAUUAGAAAAUGAUUGCAUUU